AUGAUCACCUUCAACCCAAGAAUAUGUCUCACUCGUCAAGGUGGCAUCGUUGCUCUUGGUGUUUUCCACCAGCGCUGGUCAACGGACGAUGCCAUCAAUAGGUUUCGGUCACUGGCACAAAGAGCUUUCACGCCUCGAUUGGGACUCGGAAACUCUUUUCUCAAAGCCAUUGCGCAGCCAUUCUAUGAGUUUCUCUAUACAAGCGAGGGUAUAGAACAGUCACUGCAAGACUCUUUUGGUAACUCAAAUCUGUUCGGUGCAUCUUUGGGUAAGAGAAACAGGGCUGGCGGAAGGGAUUGGGUCAAAGUCGGCGUUGUUUCUUGUUUGCAGGGACGAAACCAGGCAAAGUUGAUUGCCAAUUAUUCCAGGAACCCAAGAGCAGACACUGAUGAAGAUGAUUACCUUUCGCGUGAAGAUGAGCAGUCAAAUGAUUUCAAAAUAUGGGAAGCAGCGAGAGCGACAUCCGCGGCACCGACAUUCUUCCAACCCUUCGUCCACCCCGAAACGAAACGAACAUACGUGGAUGGAGCUCUUAUGCACAACAACCCAGUAGCUUUAGCCUAUUCCGAAGUUGAUAAAAUCUGGCCUGGCUCCCUUCCUCCUGAUAUCAUUUUGUCAGUCGGUACUGGAAUGGUUGUUGAUUCCAAGUCAGGAGAGAUGAAGACAAAACACAAUUCCAAGCUGGAGCCUUUCAAAAAGUGCAUUCCUAAAGGCUACCUGAUGCGAAUAGAGGCCGGACUGGGAAUUAUCCAGAGCUCAACGAGCUGUCACGAGGCUUGGAAAGAAUUCAGAAGUAUGUCCGUUACAGACCGUCGACUUAGGCAUAACUGUCAUCGGCUCAAUGUUGGCUUGAAACAGCGCGUGGAAAUGGACGAUGUUGAGAAAAUGAAUUCCCUAAUUGAAGAGUGUGAGGAGUACCUUUGCGAUGGUACAAACAUGUUCUAUUUCGACAAAGCAUACAGAACAGCCCCUGAACACCUUCAAACAGUAGCGAGGCGACUCUUGGCAUCCCUGUUCUACUACGUCGGGCCUCUCGAGAGGACCAUGAAGAGGGGGAAAUGUGUUGGGAAGAUAUUUUGCAGAUUAGAGGCAGGUUCCGCGUCAGCAAAGGAACUGUUACGAGACCACGUGCGAUUCAGGCUUGGCCAGAUUCCGGAAAAUAGCACGAAGGCAGUGUAUCCUCGCAUCCUCCAUCAUCGCGAUAGCAAAGGCUGGGAUGCAACGGAUCUUUCAGCCCUUGUGGUUCUCAGGGUGGAAGAAGGGGCGUGCAAGCGCUGGAUCGAGGUGAAUCUGCCUCACUGGAGGGAUGAGUGGGAGCCCAUCUCUGGAUUCCAGUCUCAGAGGCGCACUAAUAUGUGA